AUUUUGGAUUUUUGGUCAUUUUUUUUCUCUGGUCGGCCAUUAUCCGUGAUCCGUCAUUGUCUGUCAGUCAACACAACAAACUUGUGUAAAUUCCUGCAAAAAAAAUACUUCGGAUUAGUGAAUUUGGGAGAAAUCUUGAAGUUCUGAAUAGUUUGAGAAUUCACGAUGGAUGAAUCUAUGGAAUCGUUGGCACAACCCGAUUUGGGAUUUUCGCAAUCAAUCCCGCCGAGCCAGCCUAUGGAAACUGCUCCAACUAUGUCUUCUAUGGCGCCGUCAUCAGGUCCUAUGAGCGGUAGACAUGAAGAAUUCUCUGUGGAGAAAGUUCUAGAUCGCAGGAUUAAGAACGGAAAAGUCGAGUUCUUGUUGAAGUGGAAAGGUUAUUCACACGAUGACAAUACAUGGGAGCCUGAAGACAAUCUAGACUGUCCGGAACUGAUCUCCGCUUACGAGGAAGCUCGCAUGAAGAGGGAGAAGGAAGCUGCGGCUGCGGCUGCUGCUGCUGCUGCUGCUGCUGCCGCCGCUGCUGCAACGGCUGCAGCUUCAACAGUAAUAGAUCCUAUUGAAGAGAGCUUGGCUAGUCGUAAGAGGAGUAGGCGGGAGAAGAAGAAGAAGAAUGAAGCCUUACAAGAGAUAGAAAAGCCACGAGGUUUGGCCCGCGGCCUGGCUCCCGAGAAGAUUCUAGCUGGACAACUGUUUCAUGGAUCAUUGUUCUUCUUGGUUAAAUGGCAUGGUUGUACAGAUUUCGACGUGGUGCCUGGUCAUGACUUAGGUGAAGCAUAUCCUGACUUUGUCAUCAAUUACUAUGAGUCCUGCGCCCCGUUCAGUGUUAGACAUAAGAUCGGAAAAAUUAUGAGGAUUGCUCCAGAAUUGCCAGCCGAGGCGCCAGCGCCGCCGCCAUCUGAGCCAAUGGAUGUAUCAACGGAGGUACCAACUCUACCCACUGAAGCACCUACAGAAACGCCGCAUCUACCCACAGAAAUCCCACAGGAAUCCCAGCCUAUAGAAGUACCAGUCAACUGACCAUCGUUCUACAACGCGAGCAGUAGCGACUACUGAUCGUGACAACUGUGAUUAUAUGAACUUUCUACUAAUCUAUAAUAAUAUUUUUUUGCAACUAGAUUUAGAUAAUAACUUUAAUGGAGUACAGAACAACCAGCAAACUUCCGACAAUAGUACGAAUAUUUCAUUUUGGCUUUGCCCGUGAGGUAAAUACCAGGUUUAAAAUGAAACCUGAGAAAACGUUUGUUUAAAACCAAAAUGAUAUUCAGCGCUUUUUAUUUUGUAUUUUUUAUACAUCAGUGUUAAAUAAGUGUAUCAUGGAUUACUUUUGUGUAAGAAAUGGUAUAGAUUGUUUAUAUUUGAAGGCGCUUUGUUCACGAAGCAACUUCAGUUGAACCAGCUAUCAAACUUUUUGGGUUCUGAAUGAAUGAAGAAGGAGGCCUAUAUAGGAAGUUACUAUUAAUGCGUAAUCCAAUUUGAUGUUUAAAAAAAACUAGUUUUUAGAUGAAACUAUGAAAAUAGACAGAACCUAGGACACUACCUUUUUUCAUAUUUUCAAAUGGGAUGACGCAUUCAAAGCAACUUUACUUCCGAAACGUUGAUAAUUGCUUCAUAUACAAAUAUAAGUUGCUCCGUAUACAAAGCCAAUAUAGCUAUAGUCUUUAUAAAUAUAGAUGAUUUUUUUAAUAUAAAUUAUAAGCUAUGUGAACAAAAUAAUGUUGUGUCUAAUAUAAGUAAAUUACGAUUUAUACUAAUUACUAGCAAGUAAGAAUUACGAUGGCUUAACAAUAAAUUUUUAUUGGUUUGUGAAACAAAAUUAAUAAUAAACAAAAUUAAAAAUUUUAAGAUUUCUUUUAGUAGAUUGUGUACAAAUUAUAUGAAUGCAAUUUACUUUACAUAAUAAAUAUGUAAGAGCUAUAUAGUUAUAAAAUCAGUGAUGCCUGCAAUAAGUUCUGUAGUUGAAUUUAACGUUACUAUUUGCUGGUAUAUCUUGACUUAAUUAAACAUAGCAUAUUUUCGCAGUACAACUUCUAUCUUAUGAUCGAAAAUGUUUGUUUUGAGUUAAGUUGAACAAAAUGCUAAACUUUAUAAUAGAAAUGUGUAUGUAUACUUACCAAUUUGGUAAAGAACGUGAAUUUGUAAAUAAUACAAAGAAAUAAAUUUUCAAAUCAUU